UUUCGCUCCACCGCACUCCACGCGACAUCUGUUUUUAGCUGGAAGGGACGGACAACCCUGGAAUUCCACCGUUCCGUGGAUUGGACCGAGCUCGAAAGAUGCUGCGUUUGCAGAUCCUAGUCGCAGCCGAAAUGCAGGAGGCGGAUAGACCGCGCGAGGACAUGACAAUGCUGUGCUACGGGAUUUUCCGCGAUCACAUCGAAAUAAUCGUGCACUGUCUAACGUUUUUCAAUCAGCUGGAAGCCUUCCGCCCCGCAUUGGGUGCGCCAUCAGAGCGUCAUCGCCUUAUCUCGGAUCCACGGGUCAUAGUCUCUCACCAAUUGACUAUAACUCAUGCAGACAAGUCUAUCACUCCGGUGUUGGACUGACGCGAACGGGUUAUAUGGACGUGCUCAACGGAGUUCCCAUAUGAAGGGCUCGCUGCUCCAGCUCGCAAUCAAGCUACUGGAUUUGUACCUAAUCGUGACGUCGCCAUAAAUGCAGGUCCUCGCGCCAUCUGCAAUCUGGUUACCGUGAUCCUUCGUCCGUACCGGCUUCGAUAAUCCCCCCUCUCUUCUCCCCUCGCCUCUACUUGCUUCGCCAUGUCCCAGUUCCACAAGGAACCCGAAUUCGACACGCUUCAACUCCACGGUGGGCAAGAACCGGACCCGACCACCAACGCACGCGCAGUGCCGAUCUAUGCGACCACCAGCUACGUCUUCGAUAGCGCUGAGCACGCAGCGGAUCUCUUUGGACUGCGCGCCCAUGGGAACAUCUAUAGCCGAAUCGGAAACCCUACAGUAGACGUUUUCGAGAAACGCGUCGCUGCAUUGGAAGGUGGAGUGGGUGCUGUGGCAACCGCGUCAGGUCAUUCCGCGCAAUUCCUCGCCAUCGCAUGCUUAGCGCGACCGGGGCAGAACAUCGUCGCAAGUUCCCUCACGUUUCCUCAAUUCGGCAUCAAAGUCAAGUUCGUUACUACCUCCGACCCGAAAGACUUUGCGGCCGCGAUUGACGAGAACACGCGUGGAAUCUUCGUGGAGAGCAUCUCGAACCCAAAGUACACCCUUAACAACAUUCCUGAGCUCGCCAAGGCACGUAUCGCGCACGAGAAUGGGAUUCCUCUGCUGGUGGACAACACCUUCGGGAUGGCCGGCUACCUGAUUCAACCUAUCAAGUAUGGGGCAGACAUUGUCGUGCACAGCGCUACCAAAUGGAUCGGGGGACACGGGACCACCAUCGGAGGGAUCAUUGUCGACGGAGGGAAGUUUGACUGGGCCGCUUCUGGCAAGUUCUCCGUCUUCACGGAUCCCGCGGAAGGAUACCACGGACUCCGAUUCAGUGAGACUUUCGGAUUGAAUGCAUUUGGCGUCAAGAUCCGCACUGAGCUCCUGCGGGACGUCGGGCCUACGCUAAACCCAUUUGCGGCAUUUCUGUUUCUACAAGGCCUGGAGACCCUCAGUUUACGGGGGCAACGGCACAGUGAGAAUGCGCUCGCUCUGGCGAAACACCUGGAAAAGCACUCGCGGGUCGCCUGGGUGUCGUACCUGGGACUUGAGAGCCACGAAUCGUACCAGCUCGCGACUGAACUUCUCCGACGAAACGCAUACGGGGGUGUGCUAAGCUUCGCUGUCAAAGGUGAUGACAAGGAUGCGAAGAAGGUGAUCGAUGGGCUGAAGCUGGCGAGCAAUCUCGCUAACGUCGGUGAUGCAAAGACGCUCGUCAUUCACCCAGCGUCAACGACUCAUUCGCAACUCACUGCGGCCGAGCAGGCUUCCGCCGGAGUGACGCCCGAUAUGAUCAGGGUUUCCGUUGGAAUUGAGGAUAUCUCGGACAUCAUCGCUGAUUUUGAGGCUGCGCUUGCAUCCCUGUGACCGCCCUAUCAUUCGUGCUGGAUAGCUACGCGUGGAGGAGCUUUGUUUACUGAGAAAGAAAUUGUGCGCUUGACUAAACGAACAGUGAUUGGAUUCGAUAUCAGUACAUACUGUUGCACAAUGACCAUUGAUGUACAUACUAGUCCGUACCACAUUGCUUAACUUCACGCACCGAAACGAGUCUUCACUUCCACAUCCAGGAAUUGCUCCAGUGUUCCAAGCUGGACCCCCAGUGCAACCAGAUCUGGGUUCGGAAUGGGGGUGCCGCCCAGGAAGCCUUCAUGUUCUUCAUGUGCAGCAAACUCAAAACAAAGAUGAGCUGGAAACAAAUCGAGUCUUGCCGAGGCACACACCAUCUCGUCGAUAGAUUUGAGCCCACUGGGAGGUGACUGAACGUAUUUCACGGGAACUCCGAGUUCUAGAAACGGUUCAUGGCAGGCAGCAAGCGCUGGUCGAGACAUUGACGAUCGGGUAGGAUUUCCCGACGACGUUAGUGUUUCCACUGGCGUAUGCUUUUGCCAGAGCAAGCGAAACAAUGCCCACGUCGCGGCCUACCCAGGUGAAUGUCUCCUUCGCAGCGGGCGGGUAAGAAACGGAGAGCUCAUAGCCUGUCUCCGUUUUCUUGAGCGCACCGUAGCUGGAAGAAUGAUAUAG